AUGGUGGCUUAUACUAAUUUAAUUGCAUGUCGAGUGUGUGGCAAAGUGUUUCCUCAUGCUUUGCCACUGCUCUAUCAUUUUGAUCAAGUUCAUGAAAGAGAAGGUUAUAUGCUAGCAAUUCAACGAAAUGGUUACUCAGUGUCAAGGACGACACAUUUCAAGUUAGCUUUUAAACAAGGUCACUCUCAAUUUGCUUCAAGAGUAAAUGGUCGUGCUAUUUUCCGUUCAAUGUUUGAAGGAUCACAUUCAAGGGGUAAUGUGUACACAAAUAGGGAGUUGGACCCAGUUGAUUUCACAAAGCCUUUACUCAAGAAACUAGAAAAUUCCUUCACUUUUGGAAAUGUUGAAGCAGAUGUUGAUCAAACUGUGGACUUGGAAUUGAAGCUUUAG